AAUAAAUCCUACUCAUAAAGGGCCGGGACGUGCAACUUCUGGCGAUUGGGUGCUUCUCUUCAUUGAAAUCCAGCGAAAAUGCCGAAGCAGAUCCACGAGAUCAAGGAUUUCCUUCUGACAGCAAGAAGGAAAGAUGCACGUUCUGUCAAAAUCAAAAGAAGCAAAGAUGUGGAUAAGUUCAAGGUCCGCUGCUCCAAGUACCUGUACACACUCUGUGUGUUUGACUCGGAGAAGACAGAUAAGUUGAAGCAGUUUCUUCCUCCAGGUUUGAGUGUCCAAGAUCUGUGAAUGAGGAGGAUCUGAGCA